AUGCUGCUCAGGCUCCCGGCUGCUCUAUAUGGAGCGGGCCCUGCGUUGCGUGCGGUUCCAGUUUUCGGGUACUCCACAAAAGCGCGGACUCGAUUGUGCCUGCGUUUUGUGCCUUCCCCGGCCCGAGCAGCUCAGGCAGCCAGGAGCUUGACAGGCACACUCUCCCCAGGUGCGGUGCGCCUUCUCCCCUCCGCAGCCCCAGCCUCAGUUUCCGCCUGCGCCAGUCAGGAUAUUAAAAGCUCAGUCCAUCCUCAGCAUUCUCAGGAGGCCUCCUGCAAGUCCACGAAGAUGAACCGACUCUGCCUCUCUGCAGCCCUUCUCAUCCUCCUGGUUAUCCUGGUGGAUGGCACCCCAAAAGGUCAUGAGAUGAGCCAUGGACAGCAACUGACGAUAACUUCAAAACCGCGCUUAUCUCCAAAGCAAGACGAACAUGCAUUUGCAGCAGCUUCUAAGCCUGCCUUCUGCCUGAGGCGUAAAUUAAUAGGUCCCUGCAAGGGCAAGAAGAUAAGGUACUUCUACGAUGCCAAGACCGGGCGAUGCCAACGCUUUUUAUACGGUGGCUGCAAAGGGAACAGGAAUAACUUCCACAGCGCAGGGCAGUGCAUGAAAAUCUGCGGUCAUGCGGCAGGGUCCCGGACGCAGAAGCAGGACCACGGGAAGUGGGGAGAUUAUACACUUUAUAAGAUUGACCCCAGCUCCUCCCCACCAUCGCUCCCGUCCUUGUCGGCUGUUCUGACCCCUCAGCUGGCGUCCCUCCUCUUCCUCCUGGUUAUCCUGGUGGACAGCACCCCGGUGUACGAACACCAUACCCAGGACCAAGGUCUGGAGACAAGCCAUAGAAGGGCACCUGAGAAGCGUUCAAUAAUAGACGUGAUUAGAAAUGUCAUCGGUGGUGUGGUUAAAGGUACCAAGAUUAUUCAUGGACUGGGAUCUGGUAUACUAAAAGGAUUGGCUGACAAAAUCAGUAAUGGAUUUAAAGGUCAGGUGAUGAUUUCUGGAAUGCAACUCGAGAACCAUACAGUUGAGGAGUUCCCAACACAAAUACUCAAACAUGCAGCUUCUAAGCCUGAAUUCUGCCUGGAGCCUGAAUUAAAGGGUCCCUGCAAGGACCAGAUGACCAGGUACUUCUAUAAUGCCAAGACCGGGUACUGCGAGCCAUUUGUAUAUGGCGGCUGCGAAGGGAACAAGAACAACUUCCAGACAUUAUUGGACUGCAUAGUGACCUGCUGUCCAGUGACAGUAUCCCUGUGGUAA